AUGUUCGUCGUCCAGACAACUCACAGCAAGACCGGUCUCAAGCGGCCCGACAGACCCUGUGACAGCUGUCGCAGACGCAAGUCCCGCUGCGUGUUUUCCGAAAACGACAGCGUCUGCUUCCUUUGCCGCUUCCACAACUACGAAUGCGUAUUCAGCAAAGAUCCCGUGCCGAGAAAGCGACAGCGCAGAAACAGCGGGAGCAACUCUACCGCCGCUGCAUCUGCUGCUGCUGCCUCCUCCGCUGCCACCGACUCCUCUGCCGCUGCGCAAUCUUCCGCGCCCACUGCGCCUGAGGCAAAUACCGAUGUCAAGUCGUCGGCCGCAGAUGACAAAGAUAAGGAUAAGGAAAAGUCGGAUGCAGAUGAUGCGCUUGUCUCUGCAGACGUCAACUCUCCCUUCCCCGACUAUGAUUUCAUGCCCGACACCCUGCUCCAGAACACCCUUGGACUCCAGUGCCGCAGAUACAUUUCAUACAUUGGAACCUCGGCCGAGCACGAUCCUAUCUUGAUGGACUACUACGGCUUCGAUAACCGUGACCGCGCAUCCUUACCCGCAGUCGGCCCUGAUUUCCUCACCAAGCGGCAUCCUAAUCCCAGCGGGCGGGACGAUACUAUCGGUGGAAAUCUGGCAGAAGUCAGGAAGAUCCAGGAUAUCAUUGGAAACUUUGGCAGACAGCUUGUUGGCCUUUAUUUCAGAAUCGUCCACGCCUCUCUACCAAUCCUCCACAAGGAAGAAUUCUUGGAAAAAUACUACCGCAAUCCCUCAGAACUCUCGCCGUCUCUGCUCGCCGGUCUUUACGUGUUUGCCAUCAACUGGUGGACCUACGAUGCCGACCUAGUCCCUUUCCCUCGACCUCCGCAGUCUGCACUGGAAGCCCUCGCUCAGAUCAACCUGUACCGCGAAAUCGAUCGACCGACACUAUCUACCGUCCAAGCCGGCAUCCUUCUUCUCCAGCAUCAAACUUUCCGAAACCAAGUCACCAGACCUAGUCAUUCGUGGGCAAUGCUCGGAGAACUCGUGUCUGUCGCGCAAGAGGUCGGGCUUCAUAUGGAUCCUACCCGGUGGGAGAUCCCCGAAUGGGAGCGCGGAUUGCGCAAGCGUCUGGCUUGGGGUCUUUAUAUCCAAGACAAAUGGAUGGCGCUGACCUACGGUCGUCCGUCCAAGAUCCACAAGAUCAAUUGGACUGUCAGUCCGCUUGUUGACGAGAACUUCCCUGAUGACGACGGAGACGAGAACAACGGCAUGGUCAAUCGGGAGACUGGCAAGGUCAUGUUUAUGCAGCUCGUUAAUCUGACGAUCAUCUUGAGCGAGAUUCUGGAUCAGUUUCACAGUGCGCGGAACGAGGACCGAAUGAAGGGUAUUCUCGCUAAAGCCAGGCCUCUGCAGAUCCGCCUGAAGGACUGGUUGGAGAACCUGCCGGACUGUCUUCGGAUGGAGAACAUUACUCUGGGUGAGCUCAGUGCGAGCGGUAAUCUGCAUCUUGCCUAUCAUGCUACUCAGAUUGCGUUGUUUCGUCCGAUUCUGAGGGCGUUGAAACGUAUCGAUCGGACGGCGUCUCCUGCGUUGUCGGAGAUUUAUAUGCUCGUCUACCGAUCUGCGUUUGCAGAGUUUGUGUCUGCGGUUGAGUUUGUAAACAGUCUGAAGCAGGAACACAUCCAGACGUUUUGGUACGCGGCUUCGAAGAACAAUUUCGCGAUUAUCGCCACGUUUGGUGUCAUGUUGAUGCUGCUGGCUACCAACGAAGCCGACAAGAUUGCUUGCCAGGAAAAACUGGCAGAGUACCAGUGGACAUUAAAAGUGAAUGUCCGCGGAGCCGAGUUUCUGCAGCACGCAAUCUUGUGGGUCGAGGAG